CAGGAGACAUCAAAACUGAAACUUUCAGGAGAAGACUGUAAUGGCGCCAAAGAAGGAUAAAUCUCCGCCGUCUGAUCCCAACGGAAUAUUUUCUAGUAUGGUUGUCUUCUUAAUCGAAGCCGGAGUUCAAUCCCGGCGGCUACAGAUAUGGAAGCAGAAAUUGGUGCAAAUGGGGGCUAAAUUAGAGGACCGGUUUAGUAAAAAUGUCACUCAUGUUUUUGCUAUGGAUGCAAAUUUGCUUCUUCAGAAACUUGAUAAAGAACGUCUGAUUCGCGCCAAAGUUAAACUUCUCGCAUAUCAGUGGCUAGAGGACAGCUUAAUAGAAGGAGAAAAAGCAUCUGAGGAUCUGUAUGUCUUAUCCCUGCAAUCAGGAGGAGGAGAGUCCCUUAGUCCUAAAGCUGAUAAUGACAGUCAUUCUAGAGUUACACUAAAGAAAAGUCGAAUAUCUGCUGAAGAUGUCAAGAAUUCAAGCCCAAGACACAUGAAUGACAAUAAAGACCGUGUUGAUUCACAAGAUACUAAAAAUGCCUCUUCACUCGCAUCACGCUCUUCAAGCCCAGAAGUGACAAGUCCUGAGGCAAUUGAUUCUCUUAAUAAGCCUGUUGGAACAUCAGACUCAUCUUCACUUUAUAAGCCUCCAGAUUUAAACCGAAAUAUCACUCAGAUAUUUGGGAAGCUUCUCAACAUAUAUAGAGCACUGGGUGAUGACCGGAGAUCAUUCAGCUAUUAUAAAGCUAUACCAGUUAUUGAGAAAUUGCCAUUCAAAAUUGAGAGUGUGGACCAGGUUAAGCACCUACCUUCUAUUGGAAAGUCGAUGCAAGAUCAUAUUCAGGAGAUAGUGACCACUGGAAAGCUGUCCAAACUGGAACACUUUGAGAAGGAUGAAAAGGUAAAAACAAUCAGCUUAUUUGGAGAGGUUUGGGGUAUUGGUCCAGCCACUGCCCUAAAACUUUAUGAGAAAGGACACCGAACUCUUGAUGACCUUAGAAAUGAGGAGUCACUGACUCAUUCUCAAAGGUUAGGGUUGAAAUAUUUUGAUGACAUCCAAACCAGGAUUCCACGGAAUGAGGUCGAAGAGAUGGAACAUCUGCUACAGAAAGUUGGAGAGGAAAUUUUGCCUGGUGUAAUUAUUGUGUGUGGAGGAUCAUAUAGACGUGGAAAGGCUUCUUGUGGUGAUAUGGAUAUUGUUAUUACUCAUCCUGAUAGAAAAAGUCAUAAAGGCUUUCUUCCUAAGUUUGUAAACCGUUUAAAGGACAUGAAGUUUUUAAGAGAAGAUUUGGUCUUCAGUGUUCAUAGCACAGAGGGUACAGAUUCAGGAGUUGACACAUAUUUUGGCCUCUGCACCUACCCUGGUCGAGAACUGCGACAUCGUAUUGACUUGAAGGUGUAUCCAAGGGAUAUAUAUGCAUUUGGACUGAUAGCAUGGACGGGAAAUGACGUCUUGAAUAGAAGGCUUAGAUUAUUAGCAGAAUCCAAGGGCUUCCUUUUGGAUGAUACAGGGCUAUAUCCAGCUACUCAUAGUUCUGGUGGAAAGCGGACUAAAGGUAGUGCAAGCUUGAAGUUUGAAACUGAGAAGCAAGUGUUCGAAUUCCUUGGAUUUCCCGCGCUGGAACCACAUGAAAGGAAUUUAUGAGAAUCCCUAACAAAGAUUUGAAUCUUGAGCUGUGCCACUUUUGCUAGCUCUUCACAGGGGCUUGGGACACCGGACUCAAAUCCAAGAGAGAAUUUUUUUUAUCAAGCUGAUGUUUUGACUUCCAUGUCUGAAAUGUAUGGAACAAAAUGUUAUGUGAUUAAAAUAGUUACUACUAUGUAUAUAGGUGUAUCAAAGGGCAUGUAUAAAAUAGUUGCCUUCUUUCUUGUCAA